AAAGAUUAAUAAUACAAAAGUUCCGUAGUUUAGAAGAGGUCCAGAGUUGGUCUGAUCCUGGAGUAGGUUUCCAAACCAUGCUCUCCAGUUCUCCAGGGAUACGACUCUUCCUACAGUUUCUUAAGCAGGAGCAUAGUGAUGAGAACCUUAUGUUUUGGAUUGCUUGUGAGAGACUAAAGAAGGUUGUGGAGGAGGAGAGGUUUAAAUCCUUUGUGGAGGAUAUUUUUAACAAGUUUCUCACCAGCAGUUCAACGCAUGAGGUAAGCCUGGAUUCUCGAGUUAAAGAACAGUUAAAUAAUAACAGGAGUUCUCCAAACAGGGAUAUUUUUGAUGAAGCGCAGGGGAAAAUAUAUAGUCUCAUGCACAGGGAUUCAUAUCCAAGGUUUUUGAUUUCUCCGCUCUAUAACAGUUUUAAAAGCUAAGAUAAAGGGUUAAAGAAUGUACGAGAAAAUGUUUGUGGGAUUCAAUUAAAAUUAAUGUGACAGUUAUUUACAAUUUUUAUUGUUAAUAAAUAUAUGUAAAUAUAAAUAUUA